UGGUGGUGGUGGUGGUGGAAGCGCCGCCACCAUUAUCCGUCCCCGCUCCGAAAGUCGCUUCCCCGCCUCCCUGCCGGAGCCCGAGCGGCGGGGCGAGGAGAGCGUGAGGAAGUGCGGGGUGAAAAAGAAAGAGAAACAGGAGGCGGGCAGGGCUCGCCCGGCCGCCGCGGAGCGGCCAUCUCGGCUGGGAGCGGGGUUGCAUCCAUGGAGUUACCGGGCGGGCGCUCCUAAAGGAGGGCCCCGGCGGCGCGGCCCCGGCAAUGACACCGGAUUGAGGCGGUCGACGGGGGGCUCUCCCGGCCGGGGACUGCGGGAGCAUCCCCCGCCCCCCGCCUCCUCCCCGCCCGUAACCCGAGAGACCGGCUCAACUCUUGGAGGACACUCUGCUGGCAAAGAUGGAAGAGAAACGACGCAAGUACUCGAUCAGCAGUGAUAACUCAGACACCACUGACAGUCACACGACCUCUGCCUCCAGAUGCUCCAAGAUUCCAAGUACCAAAUCCCCCUGGUCACGGCAGAAGGAGAAGAAGCCCUCUGAGGUUUUCCGUACGGAUCUGAUAACAGCCAUGAAGAUCCCUGACUCCUUCCAGCUGAGCCCUGAUGAGUACUACAUCCUGGCUGAUCCUUGGAGGCAGGAGUGGGAGAAGGGUGUCCAGGUGCCAGCGAGUGCAGAGGCCAUUCCUGAGCCUGUGGUCAGGAUCAUGCCCCAGCUCGAGAGCUCGCCUUCACAGGUUUCACCGAGCAGCCUGCCUGGCUCUGAGAUUUCAGAAGCUACGAGGACUUACCUGCAAGGAGUGAGCCGCUAUGACCUGGACGAGCUCGAUGCUUGCUGGUUGGAACUUGUUAAUAUGGAGCUCAAGGAGAUGGAAAAGCCCGAGCUGGAUGAGAUCACCCUGGAGCGAGUGUUGGAGGAGCUGGAGACCAUGUGCUAUGAGAACAUGAACAUCGCCAUCGAAACAGAGGAGGGUUUGGGCAUCGAGUACGACGAGGACGUGGUGUGCGACGUGUGCCGCUCGCCGGAGGGGGAGGACGGCAACGAGAUGGUGUUUUGUGACAAGUGCAACGUCUGCGUGCACCAGGCGUGCUACGGCAUCCUGAAGGUGCCCAUCGGGAGCUGGCUGUGCCGGACCUGCGCCCUUGGGGUUCAGCCAAAGUGUCUACUGUGCCCGAAGAGGGGGGGAGCGCUGAAGCCCACCCGGAGCGGGACGAAAUGGGUCCACGUUAGCUGUGCCUUAUGGAUACCUGAAGUUAGCAUUGGAUGUCCUGAAAAAAUGGAACCCAUUACGAAGAUCUCUCAUAUCCCAGCAAGCAGAUGGGCUUUGUCCUGCAGCCUUUGCAAGGAGUGCACUGGGACUUGUAUUCAGUGCUCCAUGCCCGCCUGCGUCACCGCGUUCCACGUCACCUGCGCCUUCGACCACAACCUCGACAUGCGGACGAUCCUAGCAGACAACGACGAAGUGAAGUUCAAGUCCUUCUGCCUUGAGCACAGCACCGGUGCCACGAAGCUGCCCGAGGAGGCGCGGACAGAGCCUGACCAAGCGCAGCUGGACUUGGAGAAGGUCACGCUACGGAAGCAGAAGCUCCAGCAGCUGGAGGAGGACUUCUAUGAACUCGUGAAGCCUUCGGAGGUGGCGGAGAACCUGGACUUGAGCGAGUCGCUGGUGGAUUUUGUCUACCAGUACUGGAAGCUGAAGAGGAAAGCAAACUCCAACAAACCGCUGCUGACACCAAAAACAGAUGAAGUGGACAACUUGGCCCAGCAAGAACAGGAUGUUCUCUACCGACGCCUAAAGCUCUUCAUGCACCUCAGGCAAGACCUGGAGAGGGUUAGAAAUCUGUGUUACAUGGUGACGAGACGGGAGAAAAUGAAGCACACCAUUUGUAAGCUGCAGGAGCAGAUCUUCCAUCUCCAGAUGAAGCUUAUUGAGAAAGAUCUUUACCCAGAACAAACUGGGAAGAAGACAAAGGGUAAGAAAAGUGACCCGAGGAGGAAAGGAAGAGAUGGUAGAAAAAAUAGUCCUGAGAAGAAAGAGAAAAGGAAAUCAGUCAACGAAACUGUAUUGGGACAACUGGGCUUAUCAACCUCCUUCCCCAUCGACGGGACCUUCUUCAACAGCUGGUUGGCGCAGUCGGUCCAGAUCACUGCCGAGAACAUGGCCAUGAGCGAGUGGUCCCUCAACAACGCCCACCACGAGGACAGCACCCCCGGCCUCUCCGAGGAGCUCCUGCAGGACGAGGAGACCUUGCUGAGCUUCAUGAUGGACCAUUCCCUGCGGUCCCCGUUCAAGCAGAGCGAGGCCGCAAAGAAAGUGAAAAGCAAAACGAGAACGAACACUAAGAAAAAGCUGCCCCGGAGCAGCCCCCCCGCUGUGGGCGGGAGCCACCCGGAGAGCUCGGAGCUAUGGACUAACAGCACCGGUGACUUGUCGGAUGAUGCCACCAAGCCCUUCGCUCCGGAUUCUAGACCGAGCAAGGUGGAGAAAGGGGCUGCGAAGCUUCCCACCGACCGCAAAGGGACGGGCGAGGUGAAAAAGGCGGCCAAGAAGGGCUCUAUCCCGAAAGCCUGUGAGCCUCAUCCCGGGGCACGGGGCUGUGUGAGCAAGGAGGAGGAGGAGGAGGAGGAGCCGCCGCGCUGCGCUCCGCCGGAGCCCAGCCCCGCGCCCAAAGUGCCUGACUCCGUAGGUAGCCCCAAAACCGUCGUGCGGUUUAAAUUACCAAAGGAGAGCCGAGGGCCGAGGCGGUCGCAGCCCCCCAAGCCCGACGGCGCCGGCGGAGCUUCCUUGCGUCGCUUCGACGCCGAGACGGACGGCUACUUCUCCGACGCCGAGAUGAGCGACUCGGAUGGGGAGCCCCGCAGGGCGCAGCGGGGCCAGCUGGAUGCGGCCGGCGAGGACAUCGUCAGGAUGAGCAUCCUGGCAUCCUAACUCCUCCCCGGCACGCCUCGCGCGAGGCCUCACGCCCAGUUCCAACUGCCAUGUCUGAUUCCUGCCUGGGAUCAUAGCAGGGGGGGUUUUUACUAUGUGUAUAUAGUUGGAAAUUCAGCACUGUUGUCUUUCUCUUCUCUGUACGCCUGAGAUACAGCUUCAGCUUCACCGACAUCGAUGACCGUGACAGUGGUGGUCCCUCCCCGGCUCCCUGCCAGACCCCGCUUCCCAGGAAUGCAAGCCGGCAUCCAGCAGGACCGAUGCUGAGGGUGCCAAGGGCGGAGGGUGCUGGUACCCGUGCUCUCUGCAGGGAUGGCAGUGUAAUUAAUGGGCAUUAUUUAAUGAGGGGCAGAUUCCUGCCCGGGAUGGUUGCCCCCGGAGCAGGGAGCGAGCAGAGGGUAUGGUGGUGGCUAGCUGCGGGAGGGGAUGUACCCACCUGGGUACGUGUAUAUGAGGAAGUAAAUAAGUGAUGCUAAAAUAAAUACUGACUAAAGCACAAAAGCUUGUUGGAGGGAAGCGCUUGGGGUGGAAGAGGGCAACGUUAGUUUCUGGUUUUAGGGAAAAACCCCUCGGUCGUGAUUUUUCCCUUUUUCCAUCUGGUCGGGAUCCGUCCAUCAGCCAGGAUGUGAAAUUUCUCCUUACCCCUGCCCCAUGGAUCGACCCCCUUGAGGUCACUGUUAAAACAGACGUGAUUGACUGGGGUGAAUGGGUACGCUGAGAGCGAUGGGAAAUGGAAUGUGGGGCAGGAUGGAGGAGAAAAGCAUCCUCUGUCAACACCGUGGGGAGCUGGGGUUAACCUGGGAGGUUGAGCGAAGUUUUCCUGCCCGUGCUUCUCUCCAAUGGCUGCCGUGGUCCCACUGACGUUUGAAACCCCCUUUGCACAAUGAAACACUCGGCCCCGAGGCCGGGCAGGCCAUCACCGAGGGGAAAUGGAAACGCUUGCCUUCACCAGUUUGUUUUCCUACUAAACGCCACAGUGGAAACGGUGAAUUGAUUCCUCCCCAUCCCUUUCUUUGUUAUUUAAUUCCCUUAAAUCCUGGGUACAAGCUGUUGACUCGUUGUGGGAGGGUGAUUCACAGAAGCUGACAUUAUAAAUAGUACAAUAAUUUAAUGCAUAAAACGUCCCCAAUAAGCCUUAAAUGUUGUUUAAAAGCCCAUGGUUACCUACAAGUCAGGCGAAUUUCCAUGUUUGCACUUAAUUGCACCAUUACUUCGGUUUUGGCUUCAAAGGUCACAGUUAAAGUCGUGCUACGUGUUUUAUUGGAGUGACCCCAGUGUGAGCUCAGGGAACAAAGACAAAAGAAAAAACACACACAAAAAAAAAACACAAAAAAAAAGGAAUUCACUGAAACUUUUGUUGUUGUUGUUUUUUAAAAAUAAGGUUUAAAAAAGAAAAAAAAAAUAAAAUAACAAGAAUCCAGAUAACCCAAAACCUGGGACACUUCCGCAACCGGUUCAACCCGUCACGAAACAAGCAACCCUGCAGUGGUCAGACCAAUCCGUCAACCAGUUUUGUGGAUGCCAAAGAAUCUUUUUUGACAGUCAGACAGCACAGCCACAACCCGGAAACUUGUCACGAUAGGAAAUAAUCACCAAUUGGAAGUUCGAUUUAGCAACAAAGGACUAAAGACACACUCAUAACACACUGCUGCGGCGUUAGGUUCCAAGCUUGCUCCGAGGGAUGCUGCUGCUCCAAGACCGCAUCCUGCCGUUUUGGUUUCCAGUGCUUUUUGCUCAUUUCACUGUGAGCUUUCUGUUUUGAAACUCUUGAGACUCCUUCACUUGACGUUUUAGGGUAGAUCAUCUGUUACCAGCCUUCCAAAGUCCUGAUUAGUGAUUAAAUUGCAGCAGAGAUAAGCGAUGACAGCCUAGCUCAUCCCAGGCAUGGCAAAGCGGCUUGGGCUUCGGGUCGGAUGCUUGCACCCAGCCCUGGCUAAGCCCAACACUAACCCGGCUGAGACUGACCAUGCCUGGGGAGGAAUCUUCCUCAGAUGGGAAAAAUGUGACACAUGUUAUUAGUGGGGGGGGAAGAAAAGGGAAAAAAACCAUCAGAAAAUCAACAAAACGAGAACCACCUUUGUUAUAAAUUAGCAUAAUCCAUUGAGGUUGGGAAUGAAAAUCUCAUUAAUUAAGGCUCAGUAUGUUCGGAUAAUGUUAAAUACAGUAAAUAGGACUUAGUUUAUCUUAUCAGGCUUGCUAGCUUUAGCUACAGUAUCCUAGUAUAAGAGUCAUAACAAUAAUCAAUAUGCUGCCUUUUAAUGAAUCUUGCUUCCGUGUGCUUCACUCAAUUAUGGUUAAAUCAGAGAAAGCAAUCCACAAGUUUCACUGUACACAGCUCCAUUCAUCAGCUUCUGCACUACUUGUCUUCUCAGUACAGGAAAGCAAAGAGGGGGAGACUUUAAAGAACAACCAACCCAUCGCCACCAGCACCAGGCAAUAAAACAGCUGGAAACACUCCCAAAAUAUCAGGCAUUGUAUUUUGCCAUUGGGAGAUGGUGUUUAGGUAGGGAAAGGUUAAGGGGGCUGGUGGGGCAUGUCCAACCUGGGGAGAAGAACGGGGUAGAGGGGAUAGAGAGGAGAAAAGGGGCUCUUGUGAGCCAUGGGCUGGGGGGAGGACUGGACCACUCUGGUGCAUCCCCUGCCCAGAGCAUCCUCGCCACCGCCUUGGAACAGGGUAACCUGGCGUUUCCAAGAGAAAAUGCACAAGGAAAAUAUUUUUGAUGUACUGUAAAUGUAUUUUGAAAUGAAUAGAAAGAAAAAAAAUAAUUACUAUAAAAGGGUUUAUUUUAGUAGAGAAAUAUUGUCUUUUAAGAUGUAUAAACUACAGGAAUUGACAUUUGCACUGUAAGAGCACCCGUUUCCUUGGAGAAGCAGCAGCCGCUGAGAUGAGGAUGCAAAGAGCAUCAUGCCCUCAUCAUGGAGCACAGCCCCAACGUCAACCCCAGCCCCGAUGGUGGUGGGAGUUCCCUGAGGACAGCUCCCAUUCUGCACGCCCAUUUCCCUCCAUUCCCAUUUUUCAAUUACUUUUAACUAUUCUUUCUUGGUUUUGCACCUAUUUCCCCGGGGCUGGGUGCCUGCUGUCCAUGGAGCUCAUCCCGAGGCGGGUGCAGGACGGAGCUGGGAGGCGAGAGCGGGAUGCGGGACGAUGCUGCUGCAGGGCAGGGCACGAGGUUUGGUUGUUCUUUAAGGAGCUCACCCCGCAGUUUGCACCAUUCCACAUACAAACAGACCGACUUCACAUCAGUUACAGGAAACGAUAUGAAUGUCGCAGGAGGAGAAACCCUUCUGUUUUCUUUGUUUCAAAGAACGUGAUGUGCCAUUUGUUAAUACAAAAGAGAAAUAUUGAAAAUAUAUUGAAAAGAGCAAUUUUAAAUUAUUUUUGGCUUAUGUUGCAAUAUUUAUUUUCUUGUAUUAGAAAUUCCUUUGUAGAGAAAAAAUGUAUUUUUCAUUAAUGCAAAAACCUAUUUCUCCUUUUUGUACAUUUUCCAUGUUAGUUAAUCCUUAAAGCAAUAUAAUGUUCUCAAACUCGUUCUGUGUGAGACUGUAUUAUGCAUGCUAUUUGUGUUGCCUUGGAAUAGCUCUGUCUGCCAUUAUUUUCAUCCUGUUUAGAUACAGUGUAUGCUUUAAUACACAUUGGGACCAUGGCCCAUUGCUUAUGAAAGAAUCCCUUUGCAUUCCUCAAUGUGUUGGCAAAUGCAGUCAAUAAAGCAGUGUUUUCUGUGUA